AAUUUGUUUAGUUGAAAAAGGAUCAAUCACUUUUCUCUACAAUUUUAGUUGGUCUCUAAUAAAUCCAAAUCAUAUUCCUACAAUUUUAAUUGGUCCCUAAUAAACCCAAAUAAUAUAUUAUUGUAUUUUAUAUAUCAAUUUUUGAACUCAUAUAGUCGGGAACAAAAUGAAAAAAAAGGUUUCAUCACUUUCUCUCUCUCUCUCUCCCUUUUUCUCUCUCUAUCAAAUCCCUAAUUUCUUUUCAUGCAUCUCUUUUCUACGGAUUCGAUAUAUGAAUUCACUGGUUCUUCUCAACGAUCUCGUUGAUUGCUUCUGAUCUGUGGUUCAUCAUUGUCUCAAAGCAUCUCUGUCCAGGGCUGGAUCGCUCCGUUGCCGCCUCAUCUCUCCUUGAUUCUCCGAUUUCCCGGCGUAUCUCCGGUAGCGAUUCCGAUCAGUAUGCAGCUGCUAGAGUAUGGACCAAGUGGGAACUAAUGACUGCCCAUCUUCUUCCAAAUGAAGAUAACAUUAAGAAAGGGGAUGAUGACAAAUUUUCAUUGGCAUUUGCAAGGAUUGAAAACCAUUACUUUGUGAAUAAGGGUUUUUUUGCUUCGGAUUCAUUCCUGUUGGAUAAUGUUGAAAAGAUAAGGCAUAUCAACACUGUAAUUGUACAGCAUGAAGUGUCUCCCCUUAAAGAUUCUCUCUAUUUAAGUUCACUGUCUGAUUUUGAGAGAUAUGAUAUGUGCUGCCCUAUGAUGUCAGCAUGGGAUCUUCAUAAAGCUUGGCCAGAGGCAGAAUUGAAGUACAAGCUUGAAAAGCGGCAAGAGAAAGCUAUUGAAGAAGGAUCUUGCCCGAUAUCUGAUGAGCAACUUUCUAUUGAGGUAUUUGGACAAAAAGUUGGCUACAUACGCGGCUUAGGGCGUGGUCGAAAACCAAGUACAACAUUAUCUGGAAAACUUACCUGUGCCCAACUCGAGAGGGAUAAUGAGGCUGUUACAAGGGAGGCUGAAGAGCAACGAAGAAUCAAUGAAGAGCUGGUGGGAAGAAUUCAAAUCUUGGAGUCUGAUCGCACGGAAUACAAUGCCAAAGUCGACUUCUUGAUGCAGCAGAUCAGUCGAAGAGUACCCUCUACUGAUUCUUCUUAGUAAGUCAUCUUUUCAGAAUGUUUGAGUAAUUGAUAUUUGUUUCAUUCAAUAAAUCUGAUGAAUCUUAGGAUAUUGAUAUGAUUGGAUUACAUGUAUAUGCUAGUACAGGUUAUACAUCACUGUGCUUUUAGUAUCUUCUGAAUUGUUUUCUUCAAGGCAGUAGCACCUGAUCUGGGUCCCUUUUGAUUGUUUGUGUUAAAUCUGAACUGGAUUUUUGAUCUUUUGUAGAAAAUAAGAGGAAAGGACUAUACAUUCACUUUUCUAGAAAAUUGUGAGUAUUAACUUUCUAGAGUGAUUUUAUAAGAUAAGAUUACAUUAAUUUAUGAGCAAGGGGGAGGACUAGUUUUGAACUCUUUCUCUCUGAAGGAAAUGGAUUACAUAAUAAUGAGUGGGCGAGGACAAUUUCUGAGGAUUAGUUUUGAACUCAUCACAACUUGCUGCAUGUAUACCAGCUGUGGACCUGAUUUAUACCACCUUAGGGGUAAAUUUAGGGACUAUUUUUUAGAGGUCUCUUGCAUCACUCUUUAGAAUUUUUAUAAGUAGACAGAAUUUUUUUGAAGAACGUAUCACAUGAGAGACAAACAGUGGGGUGCAUUUGUGUGAGGCCCACAUGUAUCUCACGUGGGAGUGUGGUAGGCAAUUUAGAACAAUAUUCUCCUUUUUGUCUAUAUAUAUAUUUGCAUAAUUACACUUUUCAUAGGAGUUAUUCCUUUUACUUACUGUUCUACAAGGAAUUGUUUUCACUGGAGUAAUGUUUGUAAUUGAACUUCAGAUACUACAAUCGGCACAUUAAAUUGUAAUUUAUUAAAUUAAUCUAUUAUUGGAUAAUUUUUAAUUGGUAAUCUAUUUGAGAGUUUGGCCUAUUCUAUGCAGGUCCUGCAAGCUUGCGUCGAUUUAAAGCUUGGGAGCUCUCUGCUAGAUUUUGAAUGCCAUUUUAACGAAACCAUUGAGAAGAAGAUGCAAUGAGUUAAGUUGAGUUGAGUUGUUUUGUUAUGUAGGUAGAUAUAAUUCUAAUAACAAUCUGUUCAUUGAACAGUUGAAUGCUAUAAACAAUGCUUAUAACACUAGCCUUAUAAAUUGGAAAUGAUACUUUUGAAAUCUCUGUCAUAUAUACAAUCAAGAUAUUACGUACUAA